UCUAUCCCAGCAGCGCCUGGGCAGUUCCGGCUGGGAGCGGCGGACGAGUCGGGCCGAAAGCUCCGGGAUCGAUGGCUCAGGGCAAGCAGAAAUUCAAGGCGCGCAAGACGGCCGCUGCGGGGAAGAAGGCGCCGGCCGCUACCCGUGGACCUCGCAAGGGAGGUCGUGUAAUUGCACCCAAGAAAACCCGUGUGAUCCAGCAACAGAAAGUGAAAAAGAAUCUGGAGGUUACCAUUCGUAAGAAGAUUGAGCAUGAGGUGGUAAUGAAGGCCAGUGCUAAGUUACCCAAGAAACUUAGUUUGUUAAAGGCUCCCAAAAUGAAAACAAAGAAAGAUCCAGGUCACUCUAGCAAGUCAUAACAAUGUUUCAUGGACUGAAAUUGGGGAUCAUGGCCUGCAAUACAUUUCAGUUUGACUGUGUCCAUGUUAUCUGUGAUUUUUGUGGGGUGAUCAUCUAGUGUGCUACGUGUUUCAGUUGGCAGAGACAAAGAGUUUUCUUCUGCAUAAGAAUCCACCUGGCUAGUUCCUUGUCUGAUACUGGAUUGUGGGCUAAUACAAAAGGUAUUAGAUUACUUUCAAACUUGACUUACUCUAGUUUCAAGUUUUCUUCGUUUGUUUUUGGGUUUAUGAUUUCAGUGAAAGUUAUUUUUUCUUUCUAGUAUAACCUGGGCCAGAUUUGCAACUGGCUUAAUUGUGUUAGACCAGAAAGGAAUAUCUGGUAUGAAUAUUCAGUGGGGGGAACAUAAUAACUCCUAAGCUCUUUCCUGAUGAUUAUCUGCUGAAAGUCUGCUUUAGUCUAGGGCUAGGGCAGCAUGUUUCUAAUUGGCCCCGGGUAGUGUGGCACUAAGAAGAAUGAGUUCACCCCAAAGAAGAGCCACUAGAUUACAUUUCCCUGCUGGAAAAAAAACCUCAGGUCUAUCCAUAUGAUCUAAAUUCUGCAAAAUGGAGGUUUAGGUUUAUUCAGGUUGUCUUACAGGUAUUUAAAAUUGACACAUGGGCUCUUAUGGAACCACAAAAUUUAAUGUGUUUACAUCAGACAUGGAUUCACAUUUCUCUGCUCAGUUUUGAACAUGGGGCAGAAAUGGCAAUCUUGAGCUUAUUCUCAAUUGUGGGAACGUGAUUCCUUCUGGAAAGUAGCUUGGCUUAUUGUCAGCUCUCUUCUCUCUGCUUUCACCUGUUGCCUUCUGAUCACUAUAAUAUAGUCGUGAUGCUUUUCUGCUUGCUGAUUCUUGUCCUAAUUAUCUCAUCCCUCAUCUGCUUAUUGUAGUUGAACCCUCCUGCCCCCACAAAUUGCAUAGAUAGCUAUAAUAAACCACAAUGAGGCCAAAAUGAUGACAUGUGUGCACUGGCAUCAUCCUGCAGUUGCCCACAUUUUGUUCUUGUGUCACAUUGUUUGAGGCAAGUAACAAAUUGUGAUUUUGAUAUGAUGAUGUCAUUAGACACUUGUCAUACUUUGUCCCCUGCCUGCAGUUAUGCAAAUUAGUUCAAGAGUGCAAGCUGUGAAUCUUUCAAUGUAUUUUACCACACUUUAAAGAACACUAGACAAUAAUUUGGAAUUAUGGCAUUUUUUUCUAAUCAGCAAUCCACCCCCCUCCUUUUUAAAGAAAUUUAAUUGCUGCAAAUGUUUGCUUAUUACUAAACUUUGCCUUUGUACUGCAUUAAAAAAUAAUAUAGGAAGUACAUUCUUAAUUAGGUAAAUAUAUUUAAGCUGUUCUGUCAGUUAUUCUGUUCUUUGAUUACAUGCUUACCAAAUUAAAAGAUUACUGAAAGAAUGUAUAAAUCUCCUAAAGUGAAUACAAUAGAAUAUUUUUAUUAUGGUCACUGACCAAAAUAAAAACACUUUAUGCAACAAAAACACAUUAACAAUAAAGUAAAAACAGAAUACGAUAAAAUAUUAAAAUUGGUGGUAGGAUAUAAAGUCUGCCUAAUAUUUUAGGUAGUAUAACAAAAUUUAGCUACAUUCAACUCUAAAAGAUCAAAAAUUCCCAGGUGUUUAAAGUGAUGUAUAAAUCUGCAAUAUUCUGCUUGUGCACUUUCUGGAUAUUAGCCAUUGCAGGCAAUAGGUUGCUGGAUCAAAAAAAGGUUUUUCUGUUUACUGAGCGUUUAGGACAUGAGCAAAACAGAAAUACUUUAAAGCCCUACUGAAGAGCAAUGCUUCAGGCCAUAGGGCUGUGUUUGCACUGUGCUUGAAGGCAAAAUUAUUCCAGCAAACCCCUCCCCCCCAUCUUCCUUUAGAUUGAAGUUCAGAGUGGAGGUAAAAAGUAGGAGAAUUUAUCAAUAUGUCUCAGUCCUUUGGAACUGCUACUUGAUAUCAUAGCAGCAUCCCCAUUCUAGUUUGGCGCUUGUCUCCUGCAGAGUUUCCCCGUUUUGUUUUUUUUAAUAAAAGUUGGUGAAGCAAUAGGGGAUAUUUGUUGAGCACAGGAUUUUGGAAAAGGGGAGAGGGAUAUAGAAAACCUAGAAGUGGCAUGGGGGAAUGGAAUGGCAUGAUUAUACCUCUUCACAGAAGCACUAAGCAAUUUUAUUUGCCGACUCCCGUUUGCACACUAUAAGCAAUCCUGCAAGUUUUGCUAAAAAAAAAAAAAAA